CCGCGGGGUACUUCACAACGUCAGAAAUUUUACAAAUCCCUAAGUCAAGCUUUAUCUUUAAAUUAAAUUACCUCUCAAGGAGUUUUGUCUUUAGCUGACUGGAAAAUAUGCCGUUAAUCAUAGUCACCGGUCUCCCUACGUCCGGUAAAACCACGCGCGCGAAACAGCUGCACAGCUACCUCUCCGAGCGCAUAGGGGACUCAUCUGCACCCGCCACGGCUAAAUAUCGACUGCACUUGAUCUCGGAUCAGACACUAUCCAUUUCGCGCUCCGUGUACGAUCUAUCAGCGACGCCGGCGCAUACACGAUCCGCCAAUGCGUCCGAGAAGGAUGCUCGCGCCGCCAUCUACGGUGCCACGAAGCGCGUGCUAAGCGAUCGAGAUAUCGUCAUUCUCGACGGACUCAACUACAUCAAGGGCUGGCGAUAUCAACUAUUCUGCGAGGCCAAGGCUGUGCGCACACCCAGCUGCGUCCUACAAAUUGGCUGUACGAGGGAGAAGGCUAAGGAGGUCAACGAGGAAAGAUUGCGGCGGCGGCACGAAGACGCUGACGGCGCGAAGGAUAAAGAGGAGAAGGGCAACGAAGAGCAAGAAGAGGAAGAGGGUCCUUACGAGCCGGAAAACUGGGAGAAUCUCGUGUUCCGUUAUGAGGAACCGAAUCCUAUGACGAGGUGGGACAGCCCGUUAUUCACGCUUAUCUGGGAAGACGGCGAGGAGCAGACGAAACAGGUUUUUGAUAGCUUGUGGGAUGCCAUUGCGGGUGAAGCGCGGAAACUGGUACGGCCUAACCAGGCAACCGUGCAGCGGACCAGGGAGACGGGCGGAGAUUACUUAUACGUUCUCGACCGGGAGACGCAAGAAAUCGUCAAGAGAAUACUGGACCAGCAAAGCGAUGAUGGCGGGGACGAGAUAAAGAUCUCCCGGAGUAGCGGCAACGAAGGCGAGGAGUUAGUUGUGGAACUACCAGCUGGGAAGAAAGUAGGCCUGCCUCAGUUGCAGCGGUUACGAAGGGCGUACAUGGGCUUGCAUAGAGGUGGUAUUGGCCUCGAGGGAGUUGGAAAUUUAGGACCGGAGAGGAUACGAGAGACCUUUGUGAGAUAUCUCAACGAUGCUUUUGAAAAAGAUGGUUGAUAUAUCUCUUGUUGAUGCUUGUUUCUCCUGUAUACACAUAUAUUGAUACCCCUGGCGUUAUUUACAGUAUUAAAUGCAACAUCAAAAGAACCUAGUUAUAUAUUUACACUAACAAAUUCGUG